GCUUCUGGAGUAACAGUGAAUGAUGAAGUUAUCAAGGUUUUCAAUGACAUGAAAGUACGGAAAUCUUCAACAGCAGAAGAGAUUAAAAAAAGAAAGAAAGCAGUUCUUUUCUGUUUAAGUGCUGACAAAAGGCAAAUAAUUGUAGAAGAAGCAAAGCAGAUAUUAGUUGGUGACAUUGGUGUCACAGUUGAGGACCCUUAUAUAGCCUUUGUGAAGCUGUUACCACUGAAUGAUUGCCGAUAUGCUUUGUAUGAUGCAACAUACGAAACAAAGGAAUCUAAAAAGGAAGAUUUGGUAUUUAUAUUCUGGGCCCCAGAAAAUGCCCCUUUAAAAAGCAAGAUGAUCUACGCAAGCUCUAAAGAUGCCAUUAAAAAGAAAUUUACAGGUAUUAAACACGAGUGGCAGGUAAAUGGUUAUGAAGAUAUUAAAGAUCGUUCAACACUGGGAGACAAACUAGGAGGCAAUGUGGUAGUUUCACUUGAAGGAAAACCCUUAUAAAAGGACAGGCAUGUGCCAUCUGGAGCUUCCAUUUCUGCAGCUCAUUCAGUUGGAAUAAUACUAAUUCCUUUUUUGCCCCAUCUUCCCAGAUCCCAAAUACCCAAAGGAGAUAUCAUUAACAGUCUACAAAUGACCAUCGUUAGACUGUUUUUAAACCUGGUAGUUUUAUGUAGAAUCCAUGGAAUGCCUUCCAUAUAUUCUUAGCCCAAACUGUAGGCAUUCCUUGCAAAUGUGUACAAUGAAUGUGAUAGUUGAUGUGGAUAGUCUAGCCAAGCAAAGGUUUAAGUUAAUUGAUUGCCUUUAACUAUUGUCCAAUGAUCAAAUGAGACUCUUUUCAGUUUUACUUUACAGUUGCACUUGAUUGCAAUUCCAUGAGGCUCUUGUGCAUUCAUACACCUCACAUGCCUUUAUAAGCCUAUUUUUUGUGACAUGGCAGCACAUAACACUAUGCAUUUUAAGCACUUUUUUGUAAUAUGUUUGAUUUUUUUCUUCCAUCUCCCUGGAAUACCAAUUAAUUUAUGGAAUUGUGUCAUCAGUCUGUUGUUGUACCUUGGUCCUCAUUUCUGUUAAAUGAAGUUACUGUAAUUAUACCUUUUUGUCUUUCCAUGAAAUGUAUGCUACUGAACAGGAGUAGGAAUUGUUUACCAUGCAGGUCUUGCAACCUAAAUAUAUUUUGUAUAGUGUCAUUCAUAAUGGCAAUUUCUGUAUAAAGGAACUGUAAAUGAAACUCUGAUUUUGAAAUCAAAUAUAUAGGCCACACUGCAAUAAAACCUGUGGCUUAUUACAGAACACUCCCUUGUGUUCUGUAAUAAUAGACAAACAUGUUUAACCAUUUUGUGAAAAUAGACAAACAUGUUUAACCAUUUUGUACCACUUCCCAUCCCCCCCAGUAUAUAGUCUACUACUAUUAUUAGUCUAUUUAUUAUGUUAUCACUUUGCUCGUACAAUGAUUUGAAUAAGCAACCUUCCUUCCCAAAUCUUUGAUUACCUUAAUAUGUUUUCAUUAUUACAGAACAAUUAGGCCAACAACUUAUCCUGUUUCAGAAACUUAUAAUAAAAAUGAUUCGCUAACAUAGAGCAUUAUUUCAGAAUACUUUUCCCAAUUCUAUGUUAGUUUAGUAUUUCAUAUUCUACUUUUUGUCUAGUCAUAGGGCAGCUGUUUUCCAGUUAACUUUUGUACGAAUAGGUCUGGAAAGCUUUUGCUGCUACUAAGUCUUGCAUCAGGAACAUAAUUUGGCUUAAAGCCAGUCACUACACUCCAUAUAGAGAAUUUGAUCUGCUCUGUACGAGCAGUCCUCCGUUAGCCAAAGCUAUUUAUGGCAAACACAUGCUUUUGUAUCUUGUCAUCGGUUCUCCACAAAUGGCAAAACUGGACAUGAUUCUACUGGUAUGCAUAAAGGAACUUCGUUAGCCAGCCAGUCGCUGUUGAAGUGUGCAUACCACUAGAAGGAACGUAUUCAUCAAAGAACAGAAAUUGAAAACGGUUGCAAUUUCUUAACAAAAGAUGGCAUACAAAUAAAUUUUAAUCAGAAUUAAAAUUGUUUUAACUCAUUUUGAGGGAAGAUAUAAAAUAAGUUGAUAACAAAUAUUACUCAGUUCUACAGAUUGUUACUGUGGAACUCUGACUAUUUCAAGCUUUCAGCUGUCUCCGGCUUAUUGCAAGUGAAAUGUAUAUCUUUUAGAGUACUGUUUGAACUUCAUGGUAGCAUUUAAGCUAUGCACACUAUUGCUAGAUGGUAACAGUUUUGUAGCAAAAAAAAAAAAUCCUUAAAUUAUUUAUAGGAGAUUUUAAAAUACUUAAGAAUUAGGCUUAUGCCACAUUACUUGGAUAUAUUACGAUGUGCACUUAAAAAGGUCUGGCUGGUAUAAAAACCUACUUUUGUUCAGUUCUUACCUAGGUCUGCAUCACUUCCCUUCUGAAAUUAUAAUGUGCUGAUAGUGUUUUACUAGAGAAAUUUCAAAUGCUUUAAAAGGAGUGUUAAAAUUUUUAAAAUCUAUCUAGAUUGCAAUGUUUAUCCCAUCUCCAAUGUAAAGCACUGUUUUUAGUUCAUGAAAUCCUCUACAAAUAAUAUACUGCUGUUUGCAUAUUACGUUGAACAGAUCUCUGAGACUCCAGAACUGAAUAUUGAAGAGAACAUAUACAUUUGACUCAAAUUAUGUAUUCAGUUAAAAGUUCACGUGAAUUUACGUAAAAUCAGAAUUGAUUUAUGUUCAUCAAGUAUGAAACCCUCCAUAAUACCUUUAAUUCAAAUUUUGUUUACAACGGAAAAACAGUACUGAGAUUGAUUUCAGUGCUAUAACUUGCUUUUUGAAAUGCUGCUACAAAUCUACUGCUUGGACAAUAAAACGAAUGAAAGACAGCUGGCAUGUGUUCCACAUGGCUCAUCAGCUGUUGUUUUCUGUCAUGCAAAAUGAUGAAGGCUUCAUUGUGACUUAAAGGUUGAAGAAAACUUCACAAUCUGAGCAUCUUGCAUGCUUCCCAUCACUGAUGGGCAUUGGGAAUUUGCUUCAGUUAUUUUAUGAAUAAAGAAAUGUUAAAUAAAAGUUUUCAUGACUAUACUGAAAGCCUCUGCAGAUACUGCAUUUUUAUUUAAAAAAAUGAAAAUGAGCAGGUUUGGCUUAAAUAUUGAAUAUAUAACAAUACAACAUGUGGAUUGAUCUAAAAUGACAUAUAAGACUACAAAAGGUGAAAAAUAGGUGCAGAAACUAAGAAUGACUUUGGUAAUAACCUUGAAUAAUGCCUCUAAGUUGAUGUCAGAUGCUGUUUGUUCUUCUGACAUAAUGGAUCUUAAUUUAAACUGCCAGUUUUCCUUAGCUGAAGGUUUUUCCCAUUUUAGGAUGCAGUUCUAAGCACAUUAAUGUGGAGGAAUAUAUCAUUGAAAUCAACAGACUGAUUUUGGGGUAGCACUGUGUUAUUAGAUACACAUCAAAGCAAUCCAGUUUUGAGUAAUGUGGUAAUCCUGUCAAAGUAAUUAGUGGCUUGAUUCUAGCUUAUAAAAGAUCCAAUUAAAAUUGGUAAGACCAAAUAUCUUCAUACAACAUGCUGGGAAAGCAAGAGUGCUAGAUAAAAAAAGAGAUCUGAAAACAUAAUAAAGCAAAUAUGGAACUUAAAGGUUUUUUUCCCCUUGUAAGGUUGUUCUGAUAUUUUUUGUCUCUCUGCACAGAUGGCUAUUACUGAUCUUAGAAUAAAAGAUGAGAACUUCUUAAUGUCAUCAAUGUCAAGGAGGGAUAUAAAGAGCACUGAUAUGCUAAAAUAAGUGUUUUUGUUUCAUUUAUUGGUUGAAUAAUCAUUAAUAUUUACAUAGUAAGAUCUUCUAUGACUACUAGUAGUAACACUUAUACUAAUUUCACCCUAACUCCAAUACUGUUUCAAUCAUGUAUUAACUUUUCUGAUUAAAAUGAAGAAAUCAAA